AUGAACCUUUUUUCUUGUGACAAAGAAAAGGAAGCCUUUGGCAGUUGCUCGGAUAACGAAUCUCAUGUGGAUCUUGGCACAUCUGAAUUCCAUCGCUCCGAGGUGCUUGUAUGUGCAACUCACGGCAGCGUGUAUGCCGUUCGUAAAGAAGACGGUAGUCGGCUGUGGAGUGCUAAAAUUCGAAGCACCCUGGUGGCCACUGUGCUCUCACUGUUUAUCACCGAUACAGAUAAAUUACUAGUCUCUGGCAAUGGCACCACCUUUUGCCUGGAUCUGUUCACGGGAGCUACUCUGUGGAAGAACAAUAUGCCGGGUUUCGGUAUUGAUGAAGUAUCCAUUUUGUGUACACCGACCCGUGUGCUGUCUCCCAAAGCAGCCGCUGAAGAAGCCCCCGAUGCGCCACCAGAGUAUCAUGAAAAGGAGAAACCCAACUCAUCUGUGGCUAUUGCUUGUGCACGGGGCAAAUGCAUGGCCAUUGACAUGGAGACCGGGGAAGAACUAUGGCGCUACGAUUGUCCGGGUGGCGGAUUUAAUUUACCAGUCGCGCUUGUUGAACCCACAACGAGCCACCUGGCUUACAUUGGUUGUGGACGAUGGCUGUACUGCCUUGACGCAGUAACAGGAGAGCUUCAAUGGAGCACUAAGCUUUCUGACGCAAUAUUAGGCUACAGCUACAUGACCUUGGCCACGCCUUGGAGUUCCCGCUUAGCUGCUGAAGCCCACACUGGAUUUUGUCACCAACCCACCGCGCAAUGCAUCGAUUUGUUUCGCAAACGAAGAAACUAA